UUGUGGAUGUGUGUGCGUGCAUGUGUUCAGAUGUGUCUCACACGCCGAGCACAGCUCAAAGAGGACAUGUUUUAUGAACAGCUUUUAAGUAAUCUUUUAGUUUGCGCUUUAAUUUUUCUUCCUGAUACAGGUUCAGGGGAUGUUGUCCGAGCAUUCGGAGGAGAAACCGCAAAUCUGCCCUGCAACUUACCUCAUGAUAAGAGUGAACAGUCAAAUAUAGAGUGGAAAAAUAAUAGUGCAUCUAUUUGUCAAUAUAAAUAUAAUAAUAAAACUUCACCUGGAAGUUGCAUGCCUCGCUUCACUUUUAACAGUGAGAAUUUUAGUUUAAAUAUAGAAAAUGUUCAAAUGAGUGACUCUGGGAAUUACAGUUGUAUAAAGACAAGAAUUAUUCCACCACCAACAAUUGAUGUCUUCAAAUAUGUGACACUCCAUGUUGAAGAUCUUUCCCUGGAGCGUCUGAAGAGCAGUAAUAGCAGCUGUAUUCAUUUGCUCUGCUCAUGGGAGAGUGAGAAUCCUGAACCGGUGAACUUCACCUGGUUUAGAAAGGGUCACGAUUCUCUUCUGUCCUCUUCCGUGGGAAAUAACAGUGAGCUGUAUCUGUGUCAACCAGCAUGGGAAGAAAACGACACGUUUACCUGCCAAGUCAGAAUCAACAAAACACUUUACAACAGGAGUAUAGAGCUGAACCCAAGCACAGAACCCAGAGGUGGUCCUGCUAUACAGAAUAUGUGGCUGUUGAUAAUAGCGUGUAGUGCUGCUGCAGGUGUCAUCGCCAGUCUGAUCUUCACUGCCAUCAUUUGCAAAUGCAGGAAGAGAGGAGAUUCAAGUGGAUCUUUUAUAUUCACCAAUAAAGUCUAUGAGAACUUUAGUUUUGCCAUGGCCCGCCAGGCAACACCGCCUACUGCUACGCCACAGACGGAAGAGUGCAUUUAUGAGAAUUGACAUGCUUGAUGCAUAUCCAUUGCCCUUAUCUCCCAAUCUGAGCCUAAACAGUGUAUUAAAUGGAGCGAUUCUUAAUGUUUUUGCUAACACAGAUAAGACCGGGGCUAGUUGUCACACUUUAACUCCAGUAAAUAUAUCUGAAGAUAAAUUUAUUUUUGAAAACCAUUGACUUUACAGUUUCUUAGUUAUAGCCCCAGUCUUUCCUAUUGUGCAUUGUUUGUGUUUUCCCACAGCAUUUUAGCAUCACUCUUUGCACUUUUUGUCAUGUGACCUAUUUGAACUAACUGCAUUGAAAUGUUGUAUAUAUUU